CUCGGCUGCUCACUCCCUCUCUCCCCACCUGUUAGUGCGGACCCCUCAUGCUCUGACUUCCACUUGUUUGUGUUGGAAUCUCCUGCACUCACACAACCUGAGACUCUAUGACGGUGCGGAGAGGAAAGAAGCUCAGCAUCUCCAUCCAGGAACACAUGGCCAUAGACGUCUGCCCCGGACCAAUCAGACCCAUCCAACAGAUCUCCGCCUACUUCCCCCGCCUCUCUCCCACCUCCCCCAACCCCACCUCCCCCAACCCUGCCUCCUUCCCCAUCCCCGCCUCCUCCCCUCGGGCCCUCAGCCCCGGGGCCUCCAGGAUGGGCGGGGCCCACCUCCUGUCCCCCCUGCUGGCCCACGGUCGGCCCGGAGGCGGCGGCUCGUUGUCUCUGACCAGCAGCGUGGACACGUCGGUGGAGAUCCACAGCUCCGACAGUGACGACUGCACUGCUCUGGGGACUCUGGAGUUCGAGCUGAGAUACGAGCGGAGCUCCAGCGAGCUGCACUGCACGGUGCUGCGAGCCAAGGGUCUGAAGCCGAUGGACUUCAACGGGCUGUCGGACCCGUACGUCAAACUGCACCUGCUGCCCGGCGCCUGCAAGGCCAAUAAGCUGAAGACAAAGACGAUCCGUAACUGUUUGAAUCCCGUGUGGAAUGAGACUCUCACAUACGUGGGGAUCACGGAGGAGGACAUGCACAGAAAGACGCUCAGGUUGUCUGUGUGUGACGAGGACAAGUUGACUCACAAUGAGUUGAUCGGCGAAUCGCGGGUUUCUCUGAAACGUGUGAAACCAGAACAGACCAAACACUUCCACACCUGCCUGGAGCAUCCGCCCCCAAUGCCCUCUCCCACAGCGAUGGGCGAGGCUCUUCGGGGAAUCUCCUGCUACCUGAGGGAGUGGGAGAACGAGCAGCUCCACAGUCUGGAGGAGAGAGGUCGUCUUCUGCUAUCUCUGCAGUUUGUGCCUCCGCUGAGUUUGGACGAUGAAGACAUGGAGGGAGGAGGAGGAGGAGGAGGAGGAGGAGGAGGAGGCCGUCGCAGCGGUGGUCUGAGUGUGGGAGUGAGGCGCUGCGCCCACCUGGCCGCCAUGGACGUCAACGGAUUCUCCGACCCCUACGUCAAAAUAUACCUGAAACCAGACAUCCAGAAGAAAUCCAAGCACAAAACCACAGUGAUCAAGAAAACCCUCAACCCUGAAUUCAACGAGGAGUUCUUCUAUGAGAUCUCUCUGACGGAGCUGAGCAGCAAGGCGCUGGAGGUGACGGUGUGGGACUACGACCUGGGACGCUCCAACGACUUCAUCGGUGGCGUCUGUCUGAGCUGUCACUCACAGGGCGACGCCCUCCGUCACUGGACGGACUGCCUGAAGAACCAGGGCCACAGGGUGGAGAGGUGGCACAUCCUGACCAAUGAGCUGCCACGAACCCUCGGCCACGAUUAACCCUCUGCAGCCGCCUGCAGGGUCAUGUGGUUCCUCUGGUUCCUUCACGGGACCGACUCCAGUGUCUUCACCACAGGAAUCAGCUGGAGCAGCAUGGUGCUGGUGUGCCUUCCAUACCCAACAGUGAGUCGUCCACAAGCAGAAGAAGCUUGCUGGCUGAAUCACACACACACACACACACACACACACACACACACACACACACACACACACACACACACACACACACACACACACACACACACACACACACACACACACUUAUGAGGGGUGGAACCUACAGAAAAUAAACUGAAAUCACUUCUAGCUUAAGUUAAAGUGCAUGAUCUUUUUCUACAGCUGGUCUCUCAGUCAUCGAGGGUCUUUGCUCCCAGUCAGAGAGUCUGAAUCCUAAAAGAAGAGUUAACAUGACAGCGCCCCCUGUCUGUACAUAUUCUGAUCACAGUAAUUCCGUCUCUGUUCUCUCGUGUUUGAGUGAAAAACUUGAGUCUCAAAGCUGAGCAUUAAAAACUAAACCGUGGUUAACCUUUGAUAAAUCCAGAUGUUGGUUUAAUAAAACUUCUGAAUGUAUUUCUCUUUAAAGACUCGUCUAACAUCUGGAUCGAUGUGUUGUUUUUAAAGAUUAUGAUAAUUUAAAUGCAUGAAGCAGCCAUGUUACCGUUGAGAUGAGCGUCCCACACACACUGCUCUGUGGCAUGACCAUAAGUUAGUGUAGUUUUGUCGAAGCAUGUUGUGCAACGUUUACAUGUUAGUAUAAUAAUUCAGAAGGUAAGACAAACUACGUUUCUUCUUGGACUUGAACUGUGAGCAUGGACACGUCUUGUGUUGCACUUGGACUUGUUGAACAACCUUAACACUGCAGCUGUGCAGCCUCACUGCCGGGGUGGGGGGGGGGGGUU